AUGGGAUACACUCUAGUUAAUCUAGUAAAUGAAUAUGCAGCCUAUAAACUACAAGAUUCCAAGGAGACAUCAAGUUCAAGUGAAUUAUGGAAACAAUUUGAUGUAGUUGUUAAACAGUUAAAAAAAUCAACUCAAUCCAAACUCAAACAAAAAGAAACACAAACUGUUCGACAUCGGAAACUGAAUAAGAAAACCAAAAAUCGGAAAUUGUGUGCGUCAGUCUUGGACAUCAAAGAAACAAGUGAUGAAGGAUGGGUAUCUGACAAUAGCCCGCUUGAUGUAGUCACAGAGGAAACAGUGCAUAGUGAUGAUUCAGAUGAUGAUGAAAUUGGGCAAGGCUAA